AUGGCACCUCGUCAUCAAACUCUCCCAGCACCUCAGACCUCGUCAGCCAGGGAGGCCCGGCAGGCGUUCUAUUGCAAUCUCUGCUCCAAGGGCUACUCGCGAAUGAAUGACUAUGAGGCCCACCUUAGCAGCUAUGACCAUACCCACAAACAGCGCCUCAAAGACAUGAAGGCAAUGGUGAAAGAUCCCAGUGCCGGGGCCCGCGCUAGGAAGGCGGAGGCCAAGGCCGACGGCAUCAUCAGCCUGAAGCUCACAGGGACUGAAACGAGCAACAACUCCGGCGGAGGCUUCAAGAAAGGUGGCUUUAAGAAGUCGGGCUUCAAGUCUGCGUUCGGGUCCUCUACGGCCCCGGCGAACCCGGCAAGCAUCUCUGCGCCCGGAAGCUCAGGUCCUGCCUCUCUGGUUGGACGGUUUUCGACUGAAGGUGGCAAGGAAGCAGCUACCAGGGAGACCCGAGACCUCGAUAUUUCAGCAGACACUGACUCGGAAGACGAAGGCUAUGAGAGAUAUGACCCGAGACAUCCAACGGACUGA